AUGGAGAACCAUAUUUAUCCCAUUGCCUUUUGCGUCAUUGACAAGGAGAACGAUGCAUCUUGGAUGUUCUUCUUUGAGAAGAUGAAGUCUAUUGUGGUCGAUGGAUCAAAUUUAUGCUUUAUCUCCGAUAGGCACAAAAGAAUCACCAAUGGCAUCACGAAGGCGUAUAACCAUGCUCAUCAUGGGGAGUACCCCGUGGCAUCCAUAUUCAAUUCGAUUGCCAAGAGGUUUGAUGAAAUAUUCAGAGAGAGGCAUGCCUACGGCCUUAAAUGUAAGGAUAAUAAAUUUGUUUUGGCCGCCGAAAAGAUCUUAAGAGACAAUAUGAGUGAGGGCGAAUCCUUCUAUAUGGAGAACAUAAGCGGGGAUGACAGGCAAUACACUGUUUUUGGAAGUGGCUGUACGGCCAAAGUUGACCUACUGGAAAGGUCGUGUUCUUGCAGGAAGUUUGACCUGGUCAAAAUACCAUGCGUUCAUGCGAUGGCUGAUUUGCGAUCGAAGCAUGGUGAAGAUUAUGGCUUGAGAGUCUAUGAUUACUCUUUGCCUCUGUAUAAAGUGGAAGAGUACCUCCUUGUGUAUUCGAAAUCAAUUAAUGUUGUCCCUUUGGAGUCCAAAUGGCGCGUGCCACAAGAAUUGCUAGACGUGAAAAUUAUUCCACCUCUCGUGGUCACCAAGCUCGAAAGGAAGAAAAUAAAAUGUGUUAAAGGCGUGGACGAGACUUUCAAGUCAAAGAGAAGGAACAAGUGUUCACUGUGCAAGAGACCCGGGCACGAAAGAACCACUUGUAAGAAAAAUAAAUCGUAG